AUCGGGACCUGGACGCCGUGAGAUGCUCUGUUUCGAUGUGCUGCUUGCCGAUUUCCAUGCAUAUUUCACUUUGGGAGAGUGAUAAAUGAAACGCUGCUAUUUUUUAUUUUUUAUUUUUUAUUUUUUUGUUGUUGUUGUGGAGCGUGUGCGGAUGCUUUCAGUUGCUGGCUAAAUUGUGGUGGACAGAAACUGGUGCGGGAGGAGGACAAGUUUUUUUGAGUCCGCUUUGGUUGUCAGAGGAGAGCGAGUUUCUGUAGAGGGUGGGAAUCUGACUCAGGUUUGAUUUAGCCUCGGAGACGCUGUCGGAAGAGUUGAGAAGGUGGUUAGUGAUAGGGAGAUGAAGAGUAUCAAUUGGUGCUAUUGCAGCAAAUCUAGCGAAAUGUUGAAUUUCGAAUCCACGGUUUGAGAUACAACAGGGAUAAUUUUCUUGUCUCGAAGGAAAGGUUACAGAAAUAGAGGGGCAAUUGUAUGUGUUUGCAGGAGAAUUCGGAGAGCGUGCGGAUACAUGUUUUGGGGAGGUAUUGGCAGAAAGAUUUGAAGAAGGAAAUCUAUUGAGGUUCAAGGCUUCAUGCCAUCAAAGAAUAUUUUAUCACGACGUUGCGUGAGGUUUGAUAACAUCUGUGCUUAGGUUAGAAACUGCGAGGAAGCCAUUGCAUGUGAAACAUGAUGGGGAUGAACCCCAUUGGAGGUUUCUUUUCGGGUGGACUUUUUGGAUCCAUCUCCUCGUCGUCUUCACCUCCUGUAGAAUCUCCUCAGGAACAUGAUGUGGAGAGCGAGGAGCAGCAGUUCCCAAGAGAGUCGCAAUUAAGUGGCUGGAACUUUGGGGGCUUCAUGAAGACCAUUGCAGAGAAGUCUGGCGGAGUGCUUCAAACAUAUCAGCAAGAUUUGAAAGAAUUUGGGAUCGGGCUGAAGAAAGAGACAGAAGUGAUCUCGGGGGUCACAGCUCACGUUGUCAAAGACCUUCCUCUGUCUCUAGAAACAGGCGCCUCAGUGGCCCAAGAAUCUCUGGAAACUGUUGGUCAAACGUUAGAGGUUUUUGGAAGCACGGUUUGGCGAGGCACCACGGAGAUUUUUACACAAGUGAAAGAAGCCGUUCUCAUUGUUGAUGAAGUUCCGGACGAGAAUUCCAGUCUUGAAUCUCACCUGUUAACGGGAGAUUCAUCAGCUUGUCUUCCAAAUGCGAAGUUUAGUCGUCACGAAUCCCAGGUGUAUGCAAUGCAGAGAGAUAGCAGUACUUACUGCGACGAACCAGAGGAUGAGAAGGAUUUUGCCUCUUGGGUGGCUACCUUCAACCUAGAAGAUCGAAAGGGGGAGAUUGAUGAAAUUCUGUCAACUUCUGCGUUCAUGAAAGAGCUCCAAAACCAGAUUGUGCCAAGUCAAGUGGAGUAUGACACAUUUUGGACUCGCUACUUCUAUCGACUCAACAAGUUGCAACAGAUAGAGAAUGCCCGGGUCAAUCUCGUCAAAAGAGCAACUGAUGGAGAAGAAGAUGAGGAUCUCAGUUGGGAUGUUGAUGAAGAGAAGGAAAUAGAGGAACCCGUUGUACCUACUGAGAUCGUAGUGCAGGAUGCUAAGCUGACUAAAGCUAUUACAUCUACUCGAAGCAUUGAAGCCCCAUUGGUUUCUUCUGUUGAGGAAACGCACGAUGAAGAGGAAGCAAAAAGUGAGGGGAGUGCAGGGAGUGAAUGGUUGGUUGUUUCUCAAGACAAGGGUUCAGGAAGUUCAGAGCCCAAGUCAUCACCGACAUCACCCAUUUCAGAGGGGAAAGAAGCUGAAUCUUGUAUAUCUAACAAGUCUGAGCAUGAGGUGGAUGAAGCCGAACUUGACCAGCUUGGACACCUGACCAUAGAUGAUAUAGUUACUCUGAAGAAGGGGGAAACAGAAAAAGUGACAACUCCGAAAGGUCUUGGUGUGACUGCUGCGGAGGAGAAUGAAGAGGAUUGGGGGGAGUGGGAGUAGCCUCAACAUUGCUAUUACCACUCCAAGUAUAUGUAAACUGUUCUUUUUUUCAGAUGGGCUCUUAAUACUAGUGUAUUUCAUAAUCUGUAUGAAAUCAGUUAUCUCUUAAUGAGUGCUCAUCAGACUUUCGUAAUUUGUAUAGUUGUGAUUGUAUAGGUAGUCCUUUCAAUGCUACAAUUUUUUAGUGCGAUCAUUAUUGCAAUACGGUACAAUUAUCAAAUUUGAAGCUAUUCUUUGUGCUUCAAUUAAUAAGAUUCGUCAUACAAGUUGUUUUCUGGUUCCAUA